AUGCCUUGCUCCAAGCAACCUAAUUACUUCCAGAGCAUGAUGGUUCUGCAGUGGCCCUUAAGCUACCUUACUAUAUUUUUUAUCUUGCAGCCACUGUUCUUUUGCCUGCUGUUUACAUUCUUGUGGCCACUACCAGCCCUUUACUUAGCCUGGUUGUUCCUGGACUGGAAGACCCCUGAGCAAGGUGGCAGGCGUUCAGCCUGGGUGAGAAACUGGUGUGUCUGGACCCACAUUAAGAACUAUUUCCCCAUUACGAUCCUGAAGACUAAAGACCUAUCACCUGAGCACAACUAUGUCAUGGGGGUGCACCCCCAUGGUCUCUUGACUUUUGGUGCCUUCUGCAACUUCUGUACUGAAGCCACAGAUUUCUCGAAGAUCUUCCCAGGCAUCACUCCUCACUUGGCUACACUGUCCUGGUUCUUCAAGAUCCCCCUAAUUAGGGAUUACCUCAUGGCCAAAGGUGUGUGCGCUGUGAGUCAGCCAGCCAUUGACUACCUGCUGAGCCAUGGCCAUGGCAACCUCGUGGGCAUUGUAGUGGGAGGCGUGGGAGAGGCCCUGCAAAGCGUGCCCAACACCACCAACCUCAUCCUCCAGAAUCGCAAGGGGUUUGUGCGCACAGCCCUCCAGCAUGGGGCUCAUCUGGUUCCCACCUUCACUUUUGGAGAAACUGAGGUGUAUGACCAGGUGCUGUUUCCUAAGGACAGCAUGAUGUACAAGUUCCAGAGCCUGUUUCGCCGUACGGUUGGUUUCUAUUUUUGUAUCUUUUAUGGACAAAGCUUCCGCCAAGGAACCAUUGGACUCCUACCAUACUCUCGACCUAUCAUCACUGUGGUUGGGGAGCCUCUGCCACUGCCGAAAAUUGAAAAGCCAAGCCAUGAGAUUGUGGAUAAAUACCAUACACUCUAUAUGGAUGCCGUGCACAAACUGUUUGACAAACAUAAGGUCCAGUAUGGCUGCUCAGAGACACAAGAGCUGGUUUUCCUGUGA